GUAAAAAUAUACAAUGAUGCUUAAAUGAUUCCUGUUUUACAUUUAGAUCUGGUCUCUGGUGACAAUGUCAGUGGGACCAAUGGUAGCAAAAGGACAAACAAAUUUUACAUUUCUUAACUCAAACCUAUGGGUGGUAAAAGACCCUUCUUUGAUAGGCACGUUUAUUGAAACCACAACCGAAGCGAGUCGAGCUCAGCCUCAACUGGCUCAAGGGCGUAAAAAACGUAUCUCGGACUCGGUCUCUGACUUAAUUAGGAAAGAUGAGUCGCAAGCAGCACCCAGUAUAAAUGCAAGUCUGAGUACAAUUUCGCUAAAAACGGAGCUUGUGAAACCGAGAAACUUGAGUUCGGCAAAACAUUCCAAGAACAUCAGUAGCGCUACACAGCCACCGAGUAUGACGCCGGGCAAAAUGAACGACUUCACUAAAUAUUACAGUCUCAACUCGGCCCUGCUCACAAAGCCUGUCAACAUGCAAAAUGGAAAAGCCUCACACUCGCAGAAACACCACAAGUCCUCAUACAGUAGUAAGAAAAACCGAUCAUCGAACGAAUCGAAGAAACAUUGGGCCUCUAGUCAGUGUUCCAGCAUGCCUCUGUCUAAAGUUCAUUUCCAAUUCGGAGGCCAGGACGGAUCAGGCUAUCCCGGCUACAAGUCGAAGCGGUACGAAUCUAGACAGUCCAACUUCGCAAGAUCAGACUCGCCAGUCAGUCGGUCAUCCUUCACGGGGCGAGAGUUACCUCCCUGUAAUAAGGACGGAUUUUCGACGGGUCCAUUACGAAGAUCGUUGAAUCAGUCGAACAAUGCUAUUGCCCUGAAACACGCGAAAAAGGUUUUUCUCUCGGAGAAACAGUCGGGGUCUAUGAAGAUAGAGGGCAUAGAUGUGCCGUGUGCACCACCGGCGACACCUACACCAGAACAACUACUGCAAUAUGAAUAUGUUCCAAGUUUGAAAGACAUUCGGGCACAGCGAGCAGUGAGGCAGCGUUUACAGAUCAUGGAGAAGCAGGAACAGCGGCGCCAGGACCGACAGAAAGAGGAGCAGGCCAAGCUGGACAAACAGAUGAACAGACAGAAAGAAAUUCAGUUGAAGAGGAAACAACGCCAAGAGAUCUACGCCCUGAAUGAGAUGAUGACAGCACUAGAAAACAAAAGAUUUGAAGAGUUCUGUAAAGCAAAAGGCAUCAGUUUAUGACAUACAUCUGGACUACACAGCUGUCGUGAUUGUUCGCUAAUUUACUGUGCCAAAUAUAUUUAGUAAAUAAUUAAUUUUGAAAAGAUUUUACAGGUGGCAUUCGAACCAGGGAUGGCGGUGGGACAGUUUCAGAAAUAUUUAAAGAACAUAAAGGAACAAUCGGUGACAUGCAUGUACAUAACUUACCAUUUGUGACACCCAAUAGCCGAUGUGUAUUUUUGUGCUGGGGUGUCGUUAAACAUUCAUUCAUUCAUUCACAUGCAUGUACAUGGGUAAAAUUAAUAUUACCUGUAAUUUUUAAAUAUUGUCCCCUAUGAUUUUAAACUACUGAACUUUGGUAAUAUUUCACCUUUAAAGUGGAGUACAAUAGGGAACAUUUUGUUCAGAAUGACACAGCAUGUUUCUGAGAUCUCUACAUAAUUUUAAAACUGUAAACAGUAGUUGCUAAUCAAUUUUUAGUUGACUACAGUCCGUCCCAUCCUCGGAAAAAAAUGUUUUUUAUUAAAUAAUUUCAAUUUGGUUUGUUGUAAAAAGAAAAGUAAAAGUGUUUUGGUAAUAACAAACAUAUAUUUUUUUUUGUGUGUGCAAUUUAGACAAAAAUCGGCUCAGAAAUAAAUAACGUUUAGUAAAUUCUGUAGUAUGAAAAACGUGUUUCCCGUGGGACGGACUAUAGAAAUAUCACUAAUCAUUUUUGUAAAAGCUAAAUGUUCCCAAACCAGAUGAACUGCAAACUAUUACCUGUUAAAAUAUUAAAUAUAAAACAUUAUUACUUGCAAAACUAUUACUUGUAGAAAUGUUACCUGUAAAAUAUAUUGCUGUAUUGCCUAUAAAAAUAUAUUAUGCACAAGUACAUUCACAGUCAGUGCCACCUUAUCGCAUGGGCACACUGGGCAGUUGCCUGUGGGCCCCGCGAUUUUUGGGGCCCCAAAAUUCAAUUUGAAAAGUAAAAAAUUAAUGUUCAUAUUAUUAAAUAGGGGCCCCAGUCCACUGCUUUGCCGGGGGGCCUUAAAUAUUCUUAAGAUGGUCCUGUGUUCUGUUACCUGUAAAAUACUUUAUUAAGCAAGCUAUAAUUGUCAUCAUAUUUUACUUGUUACCAACAUAGUGCUAUAUAAUUUAAUAUUAAGAGUGGGAUCUAGCUUGGUCAGUAGAGCACUCGUCUGUCCAUGGAUCACAGGAUCAAAUCUGCUUGGUGGACCUACUCUGUGAUUGCCAUUGGGUUUUAUCAUUCCCUUGCGACUGGUAUAUCAAAGACUGAAUGCACGGCUGUCCUGUCUGUGGGAAAGUGAAUAUAAAAGAUUCAUUGCUGUUGAUGAAAAGGAAAUGUAGUAGUGUAGGACUUCUAGAAUGUUUAUCAAAUCCACUAGCCAUGGGAUCUAUGAUUUAUAAAAAUUACUAGCCACAUAUUAAUAAUUCACUAGCCCUACUUUACUAUAAGUUAAUACAAUUUUACUAAAUAAUAGUAAUAAUUGGAUAUGUCGCCUAAAUCUCUAACAUUGGGGGCUUGAGGUGGAGGAAGAGUAUUCAUAUUUACAAAAUAGACUUAACAGCAACAUUUGACAAAAAAAAAAUUCACUAGUUGUCGGGCAUGGCAAUAGUAUUUAUUCACUAGCCCAGCAUUGAAUAUCACUAGCCAUGGUAGUGGGGCUACCAUAAUCUAGAAGCCUUGUAGUAGCGUUCUUCUAAAACUAUACAUCAGAAUUGUCAAAUCUAUGACGUCCAGUAGCAGACGAUAACUAUAAAUCCAGGGCUAGCUAUGGCACUCGCCAAAUUUGACAACUGCGAAUUUUAAAAACAAUUGGCGAAUUUGAUUUUGAUUUUGCGAAAUAAUUUUUAGUAAUAAUUGAUAUUUUGUUAGAUUAUAACUGGAUUUCUGCCAUUUUUACAGAUUUCACAGAUCAUUUGCCGAAGGUUGCUACUUGCCCAGAACUAACCCUGAAAUCAAUGUUCUGCAGUGGUGUCAUAAAAAACACCUUUAUAUAGCCUUACAUAAGAAAAAUAACCACUUAGUUUUGGCUUAGUAUAUGGUGAUAAAAUGCUGAAGUGAAAUAUGUAUGUUGUAUAUUUGAAGUCACCCGAUCAUUGUCUAGUAAACCAACUGCCAUUGAACCCAUUCUUUAAAGUGUUGGAUUGCCAGAGAUAAACUAAAUCCAGUAUUAUUACUAUUAAGGAUAUUCUUGCCAUUUUUUCAUACUUUGUUAUCUGGGGCCUAAUUCACAAAGGUCUCUUAGGCUCUGCUAGACAAUAAAGCAUCCUCUUUGCAAGUCUUUUAGCAUUGCACUGUGAAAUCGCAAAGUUGCGAGAGUGCUAGUGAAUUAAGCCCCUGGUCCGUAGAGGUGUAACAAUACGUCUACACAGUAUUGUUUCAUGAUUUUAGGACCCCAGUAUGAUGCAUUGAGGGUAGUCAAGGGGAAUAACUUACAACUAGAGUAGGUGGCAUUCUACAAUGCCACCGUCGGUUCUUUAUUUUGUACAGGUAAUUGUAUCAGUACAUAUAUACAGAACUUCACAUACGUUUUUUUGCUUUCUAUUUAUUGUACAAGUGAAAUAAAUAAGAAGCGAAAACAACGUAUGUGAAGUUCUGUAUUUAUUACAUACUUUUUUCUUUUUCUUUACACAAACAGUUUUUAAUUUAACGUCAUAACCACAUUUUCUUAAAUCUAUUAAUCAGUCCUUUCAUGGAUUUACUUAACGUUAAGAAUCAAACUCUGCUGCAAUCUUGUGUGAUGUUUCAAAUACAAUACCACAUAAUUUGUAAAUCAUAUAUGAUGUCAGUAAUUAAAAGGCGCCAACUCAAGUAAAAAUAAAAAGGGAAUUUCCUAUUUACAAGUUCCGGUCCAGAUCGCACAUGUGUGAUACAAGAUAAAUUUAUCAUACUGUAAUAAAAAGGUAAAAAUAAAACGUGAAUUCCCCAUAGUAAAUUUACAAGUUCCGGUCCAGAUCGCACAUACAUGUACAUGUAUGUGUGAUACAAGAUAAAUUUAUCACAAGGUUUGAAAAUGUCUUUAUCACUAUACAUGUAGUAAGAUCGAAUAGGUAUGUAAUAAAACACAUACAUGUCUUGAAGUCACCCACGUUAAUUCCGUAUAUACAGUGAAACCCCUUUUAAACUGGACACCCUUUGUGACCAAGACAAAUAUCCAGUUUUAAGAAGGAUCUGGUUUAAAGAGGUUAAGUUUUGUCAUGGUUUUUAAAAAGGGAUUCUGUAAAUCGUCCGGUUUUGGGGGAAUUCCAGUUUACAGAGGGUCCGGUUUCACUGUACGUUCUUUACAACCACUAGGCCAUUUCCAACUGUAUUUGCUCAUUCUGAUCCAUGGGGAAAAUGGGUGUCGUGAACUCCACAAGCCUGGUAUAUUAUGUAGUUUGGGUCGGUGAUGACGCAGACGACUCGUUAGGCCCAUGGGUGUCUUGGGCUUAAUUUACAAAGCUUAUUUAAGUCUUACAUGUGAAGGGUUUGAUGAAACUCGCCAAAAAGUAUGGUGGUCCCAAUAAUAAUAAUGCAUGUUGGCAAAUUGUGGUAAGCGAACCACGAGCAAGAUUUUAAUGUGGAAUACAAAUAUUAAUAGUGGCUCAUGUGUUAUACAUGUAGCUCUAAAGAAGAUAUUGUCUGGGCGACCAAUGCCAUUAUGUUUAUUAAUAUUUAAGUGACCCAAACAGGACAUUGGUUACAUUCAACAACCUGGCCACAGACCAUUUCGAGCCCUGCAUGCAUGCAUGUAACUACAUACAUACAUGUACAUUCAUAAUGCUUAAAAACCUGCGUUUAAGAAAAACUGCCUUCGUAAAUUUGGUCCCUUUUGUGUGUGUGUGUGUGUGUGUGUGUGCAUGUGUGUGUGUGUAUAAGUCGCACACAUGUGCAUAAAUAAAUAAAAUAAAUAAAUUUACACAAGAUUCUUAAAUGUUCAUGUGUAUAAUUUCCUCGUCAGUUAUUUUGAGGGAUGCCGUUUCUCCCUCUCCCCUUUCCAUGACAUCUGCGGAGUGCAUGUUUUUUACUCCUCGGUUUACGAAAUUAAAAUUUAUGUUUAUCAUGUAAUAGUGUAGCCUAAAUUGUUUUGAGACAAUCAAACACAAUUUUAAACGAGAAAAAAACACAUUUUGUUUUUGAUUUUGUAUGGAUUUCUUAAAAUUAAUUUUAAAAACAAGAUUAAAGGUGUUUUGGGGUUUUUUAUUGUUUGGAUCUAUUAAAUUUAAAUUGUCUGUUAUUUUAUUUUAAUAUAUACAUUUUUUAUGUAAUAAAUAUUACAGGGCUAGCUCUACCACUCGUCAAGUUUUCCUGGACUGGUGCAAAUUUUAGGAAUUAGACAAAUUUUAUUUUAAAUUGGUGAACUAAUUUCAUGUAAUAAUUGGUAUUUUGUUGGAAAAUAACUGUUUAGCAUUUUUUAAAGAUAAUUUGGUGAAAUGUUUUGCUUAUCCAGAGAUAGCCCUGUUAUUACUUAAUAUAUUAUUAAAAUUUCAAAUAAUAUUAUCAUUAAAUUAUAUGAUCAAGUAUUAUAAAUAUAUUUUACAUGGUUUGUUAAACCGUGUUUCAGUUGGGUUUUUUUAUUCUUAUUUUUAAUCCAUGUGUAUCGAAAUAUAUUGCUCAAAAGAAUAACUGUUACAAUGAAUGCCAGUUGAAACUGUAUGCUAUCUUUGCAUGACGUGAGUUGUGAGAGGUGAUGUCACAUUUAUUUCGAAUUGAAUGAAUAACUUUAAAAAGUGACAGUGUUUUCAGUUCAUGACUUGUUGAAGAGUGCCUGGGAUGUGCAUGUAGUCUAGUGGUAGAUCUUGCCGGAGAUGCAGUGAAACGAAGGAAUAAUCUUUCUCAGUGGUUCCACUAGUCAAAAUUGGGGGGGGAUCUCUAGCUCUGUCUCUCUCUCUCUUUGUGUGUGUGUGUGUCCGUCUCUCUGUCUCUGUCUAUCUGUGUGUGUGUGUCUCUCUCUCCUCCUCUCUCUCUCCUCUCCCCCCCCCCCCUCUCUUUCUCUCUCUCUCUCUCCCCGUUAUAACCAGUACUUGUAGAUCAUAAGCCGUGACAGAGUUCAUUAAUUAAUACCUAUUUCCGUGCUUAUAUCCAAUUAAGGUUCAAGCACGCUGUCCUGGGCACACAUCUCAGCUAUCUGCACUGUCUGUCUAGGACAGUGGUUAGAUGUUAGCGAGAGUCAGAGAGAAGCAGGUGUAGUGGCUACCCACUGUUAUUAAAAGCACACUCUGAGCUCUGGGUGGGAGCCAGUACCGGGAGCCGAACCCAGUACCUACCAGCCCUAUGUCCAAUGGCUUAACAAAUACACCACCAAGGCUGGUGGCAUGUAGUUGUGUUUUAUUGCUUGAUUAAUUAUGAGUGAAAAUUUAUCAGUUUCUCUGUACCGAUGUGAUGAUCAAUUAUUAAACUUUGUAAUCAAUUGUAGCUCAUAAAAUGUUAUCUGUAAUUGUUACUAUAGUGUAAACAGUGGAACUGAUGUAAAUACAGGUACAGUUGGUUUUGAGUUUGUUUUCAUGUAUACAUAAAGAAAACAGUUGUUUAACUGGUAUUAAGGGUAAAAUUUGUGAUUUAUAGGAUAACACUACAAUAAGUAGAUGGCCUUAUUAAGAUGGUCUUAUUAAUUGAAAUCUUAUUAAGUUCAUAUCAUUGUAACCAAUUAUAUAAUCAAAACUUGAUCAGUUGGUGCUCACAAAUUAAUUAUAAAAAUUAAUGAUCAAUGAUUUAAUUUCAACGAAUUCCCAACACUAGUGGUAUGUGCAUUCCUCCCAUAAAGAACAUAUUUUUCGUACUAGUCUAAAGGAUAGGGUGUGUGCUGUCUUGUCCAAGAAAGAUCACAUUUUGCGUUACAGCCAGUGCUGUUUUGACUGGUACAUCAAAAGCUGUUGUAUUUGCUAUCCUAAUUUAUUCAUCAUUUCAACCAGUGCUGCUUUGACUGGUAUAUCAAAUGCUGUGGUAUGUGCUGUCCUGUAAGAAUUUUUUUAUUUCUCAUUCCAACCAGUGCUGCUUUGACUGGUACAUGAAAGAUUGUGGUAUGUGCUGUCCUGUCUAAGAAAGGUCAUAUUUCUCAUUACAACCAGUGAUGCUUUGACUGGUAAAUCAAAGGUUGUGGUAUGUGAUGUCCUGUAAGAAAGAUCAUAUUUCUCAUUCCUACCAGUCCUGUUUUAACUGGUACAUCAAAGGCUGUGGUAUGUGCUGUCCUUUCUAAGAAAGAUCAUAUUUCUCAUUCCUACCAAUGCUGCUUUGGUACAUCAAAUGAUGUGGUAUGUGCUGUCCUGUAUAAGAAAGAUAUUUUUCAUUCCUACCAGUGCUGCUUUGACUGGUAAAUCAAAGGUUGUGGUAUGUGCUGUUCUGUCUAAGAAAGAUCACAUUUCUCAUUCCUACCACUGCUGCUUUGAAUGGUACGUGAAUGAUUGUGGUAUGUACUGUCCUGUCUAAGAAAGAUCAUAUUUUUCAUUCCAACCAGUGCUGUCUGACUGGUACAACAUCACCACAGGCUUGGAGAUUUUUUUUGCCUGCCAAUUAUUUCGUGAUUAUAUUUUAUGGUCAUGUUUGGUCUGGCAUAAUUUGUAACUUGGAGAAAUGAAUUUCCUGCAGGAAUCUCAGCCAAGUUAAGACACCAGCAUUGAGUGUCUAUUUUAGUGUUGGUGUGUUGUGAAAUCUUUAUUCAUUCAUUCCAUUCAUUUUAUUCAUUCAUUCAUUCAUCUGUUCAUUCGUUCAUUCAUUCAGAUACAUAAUUACUUGAUCAUGACAUUGAAUCAUGUAUGUUGCAUGUUCCAGGUACAUGUAUACAUGUAUCACGAUGGGUUUUUUUUUGUGUGUGUGGGGGGGGGGGGGUAUUUUUAUUUUAUUUAUUUUUAUUUGUGUUACUUACAUGUAGGUAUAUUUUUGUAUUUUUAUAUAGAUCUGUGUUCAGUAUGUGCUUAUAGUGAUUGGAUGGUCAUUGAAAAAAAAAAAAAACUGUCAAAUUUUUGGAUCAUUUCUACAUGUCGUGAUCAAUUAUAAAGUGUGUAAUCAGUUAUUGCAGGAACUCUACUGUAAUUAUUAAAUUAGUUUAUAAAAUAAAUGUUAGAUUUGAAUCCAAAUAUUUUCUAAAAAUGGGUGUGAUUUUUUUGUUUUAUGUUAUAUAUAUUUUCAGAAUAUUGCAAAGACCUCACAUCUAAAGGAUGCAUUCCCACCCCCCCUUAACACUCCCCCCCCCCUCCAAAAAAAAAAAAACACACAAAAAAACAACAACAACAUAUAUAUAUAUAUAUAUAUAUAUUUUUUUUUUUUUUUUUUUUUUUUUUUUUUUUUUUUUUUUUUUUUUAUAAAUACAGUAAGUGUGGGCCUUUAUUCUCAUGGUGGGAAGAGAUAAUAAUAUUAAUAAAAUAUAAGCUAGGAUUUAUUUUAUUGAAAACCUUAAAUGUAUUCCUUCACUUUUGAUAAAACAAUUUAAAUGAAGAAAUCAUCUGAGAUUUGCUUCUUUUUCUUUUUUCAUGUAUACAAUUUGUAAUGUGUUAUAUGCAUUUGAUACAUUCACUUUAAAAUGACAAACACAAUUGUCUUUUCAAAAUCUUUUGUGUCAUACAUUAUUUUUCAGAGAUCUAUAUACACAAUUUUUACAAACUCAUGUAUCACUAUGUUGUGUUCAGCUGUAUAAUGUUGUGUAUUGUACUUUAUAGUUGUCACUAAUUGUAAUGUGGCAUAGGGUAACAAAAAACAUUUGUCAUGCAGAGGCCGAUCUAGGGGAAUAAAAUUAUAACUGUCGCAAAAUUCAGUUUACGAAUCUAUUCUCACGCUGAAUGCACGCAGCUAAUGUCAGAAUAUUUAUUUAAUCUUAAUUGUUAUACUUAAUUGGCACAGUUAUCAUGGAUAUGCGCAAAUUCUUUGCAAUUGUCUCAGCGUGUGUGUGUCAAAAACGGUCACUGACAGCAUCAUUAAAAAAAAAAAUCACAUUAGCAUUACUGCCAAGAAAGAAAAAAAAGUUACAAACGAAUCCCUGCGUAUUUUUACAUGGAUUACAGAGGCGGAUCGGGGGGUGUGGUGGGGGGGUGGGGGGGAGAGAUUGGCCCAGCCCCCCCCCCCCCAAGAUUUGCAAUAGUUAGAAUUUUAUGGUAUAUUAAAAAAAAAUUGCAAUCCCCCUCAUAACCUCCCCCAAAGUUCCCUUGGCAUUCCGCCUCAUGUCAUUGGGGUCCCCCUAAAUGGAUUUUCUGGAUCCGCCACUGUCAUGUUGUUUGUUUUUGUGUCAUUUUCGUUUUUUCGUUUGUUUUGGGGGUUUUGAUGUUUUGGGGGGGGGGGGGGGUAAAUCUGUGUUAAUAAUAACAUGACUGAUAUCAGUAUUGAAACGGGGAGAAAUGGGUUGGGUGGGGAGGUUGUUUUUUGUCGGAAGUGAAUUUUGGAUACAUGUAUUACUAUCAAUAAAGAAUACAGUAUUA